AUGUCGGCCAAUCCGGGGACCCUCCGAGGAACUCCGAAUCGGGGGCAGGGACGCGGCGCGGUGCCCUUCACGAAAGAUAGCCCAGCAGGACCCUCCGGCAUUCCUAGGCCGGUGCUUGAGAGCGCGCCGACGGGAGGGAGCGACGUCGGCGCCUCUUCAGUCAGUGCCAGCCGACAGAAGCAGUCCAAGAGAGAUGAGGCCAUCCGCCGCAAGAUGGAGAGCGACCUCUCCAAGAAGAAGCACCUGACGAGUCGGGCACGCCAAUCCCGCAAGGCGCCUCCGGGAACGGUUCUGGCCUUGAAGCCGAGUCAGGCGUUGCAGAUCAAGCCCGCGACGACCGUUGCUGAGGCCGCACAGCUCAUGGCCGCCAAGCGGGAAGACUGCGUGCUAGUCACCGACGAUGACGACCGAAUUGCCGGAAUCUUCACUGCCAAGGACCUCGCCUUCCGUGUCGUUGGCGCCGGACUGAAGGCCAACAACGUCACCAUUGCCGAGAUCAUGACCAAGAACCCGCUGUGUGCAAGGACGGACACAAGCGCUACUGAUGCGCUUGACUUGAUGGUGCGCAAAGGCUUCCGCCAUCUGCCUGUCAUGGACGAGAAUCAGGAUAUAUCCGGUGUCCUCGAUAUCACCAAGUGUUUCUACGACGCCAUGGAGAAGCUGGAACGCGCCUAUGCGUCGUCCCGCCGGCUUUAUGACGCACUCGAAGGCGUGCAGUCAGAACUCGGUACCAGCCAACCGCAGCAGAUCAUCCAGUAUGUGGAGGCUCUGCGGUCGAAGAUGUCGGGCCCGACCCUGGAGUCCGUGCUGAACGGCCUGCCCCCGACAACGGUGAGCGUCCGGACUUCGGUCAAGGAGGCCGCGCAGUUGAUGAAGGAGAACCACACCACAGCGGUCUUGGUUCAGGACCAAGGAGCUAUUACGGGCAUUUUCACAAGCAAGGAUGUUGUCCUGCGUGUGAUCGCACCGGGCCUCGAUCCCGCCACCUGCAGCGUUGUCCGCGUUAUGACUCCUCACCCGGACUUUGCGCCUAUGGACAUGAGCAUCCAGGCGGCCCUACGCAAGAUGCAUGAUGGUCACUACCUGAACCUUCCGGUCAUGAACGACAGCGGCGAGAUUGUCGGUAUGGUCGACGUUCUCAAGCUCACAUAUGCCACGCUCGAGCAAAUCAACGGCAUGGGAAAUACCGACAGCGAGGGUCCCGCGUGGAACAAGUUCUGGCUGUCCCUUGACCAUGAGACCGAGUCCAUGGUUUCUGGAGAUGGUUCGUUCCACCAUACAAACCCGGGGCCAAGGUCCCUGAUCUCUCCGGAUAUGACGCGUAGCGAGCGGGUGUUCCCCGAUAGUGUCGCGCCUGGAGAUUCUGCGAGUCAUGCUGGCGUCGAAUCGCCGCACCACAGCGCCGUGGGUGCUUCGCCGGAGCUGCCGCCGAGCGAGGUCCCGUUCCCCUUCAAGUUCAAGGCACCGAGCGGCCGUGUCCACCGCCUGCAGGUGAUUGCUGCGCAUGGCAUGUCCGAGUUCGUCGCCAAUGUCACUGGCAAGCUUGGCUCGGAGGUCGACGCUAUCGGCGGUGCUCCUGUUGUCGAGGAAGGCAAACUGUCCGGCGGCUAUGCGCUGAGCUACCUGGACGAUGAGGGCGACUUUGUCUCAAUCUCGACAGACCACGACCUGUUAGAAGCCAUUGUCAUGGCUCGCCACACCCACCGCGAAAAGGUCGAUCUGUAUGUGCACGAUCCCAGCCAGCCGCCUGUGGCCCCGGCUUCCGCUCCCGCCCCAGAAGCGGUGGUAAUACCUCCCACCCCGCCCCAGUCGUCUGUCGUCCGGGAACGCAGAAGGCAUACCGGCGGCAACGAGACGGAGGAUGAUGGCGAUAUCUCUGAGGAUGACGAAACGCCCAUUCGCCGCGGCAGGCAUCAGCGCACUCGGACCAUGGAGCAGUCGGAGCAGCUCAUUGCCGGCGUGCCUAACGAUCUUCUUCUCCCGGGCGCCAUCGCUAUGCUCGCGGUGGUAAUCGUUGGCGUAUUUACGAUCUCGAGGUUAUCAAGCAGCAAUGGUUUCGACGGCGACAUUUCCAAGAUGAUCUUAAGGAACUUCGGCAUGCGGCAUGGCCGCCGGGCCCUGGCAGCACCCCUCACACGAUCAUGCCUCCGGGCGUUCUCAAGUUCCGCGGCACGACCAGCCCAGGCGCCGACAACGUUCGCGGAACCCACAGACACAACCAUAACGCAGGCCACCACCACCCAUGCUUAUCUCGCCACCCAAGCCGCCGCCCGGCAGGCCGAGCUCGCCCGCAUCCCUGACAACUUCACCGAGUUCAUGCACCAGCGCGAGGUCACGCGCAGCAUCGGCUCGCGGGUCGAGUCGCGCUAUCACCCAGAUCAGUUCCUUGACAACCCGCCACACGACGCUACCCUCGAGAUGCUCAUGGCCGCGCAGUGCCACAUGGGCCACCACACCUCGCAGUGGAACCCCGCCAACCAGCGAUACAUCUACGGCCAGCGCGCUGGCAUCCACAUCAUCAGCCUCGAGACAACGGCGAGUCACCUGCGCCGCGCGGCGAGAGUCGUCGAGCAGGUCGCACUCUAUGGCGGGCUGAUCCUGUUUGUCGGGACGAGGAAGGGGCAGAUGCCGGUUGUGGUCAAGGCCGCGGAGCUGGCGAAGGGGUAUCAUCUCUUCCAGAAGUGGACGCCGGGCGCGAUCACGAAUCGAGAUGUCAUUUUGGCUAGUGCUGAGCUGAAGGUGGUGGGCCCGCAAGACGAGCCGCUGGAGGGUUUCGACAAGCACCUGCGGGAUCGCAGGCCGGUGACCCCCGACCUAGUGGUGUGUCUAAACCCGCUGGAGAAUUACCCGCUGCUGCAUGAGUGCGGGCUGGCGAAUAUCCCGACGAUCGGCAUCAUUGACACGGACGCCGACCCAACUUGGGUCACAUAUCAGAUCCCGGCUAACGAUGAUAGUUUACGAUCCGUCACGCUCAUUGCAGGUGUCCUUGGCAGGGCGGGCGAGCGGGGCCAGCAGCAGAGGCUGGCUCUCGCCCGUGAUGGCGUUGUGACCUGGCGGAGCCCGCGUGAGAUUGAGGCGUUUUUGGAGAACGAUGCUAAAUCCAAGGCAGAGGAGGCGGCGGCGGCUGUUGCGAAGGCCAAAGAGGAAGGAGUCCUAGAUGACAAGCCGGCGUUACAGCGGGAGGACUUCUUGACGGACGAGGAAAUCUUGAGGGAAAUGUUUGAUCCGCCUGUUCCCCCAAGCUAA